AUGACCCUAUCGCCAGAAACCCUUCUGAUCGUCCUCGCAAUCGCCAUGUGCUCUCUUCUGCUGCUCUUUUCGAUCGCCGUCGUCGUCGUUUUUCAUUGCUGCAAAGUCGAGAAUCUUCACGGGAUCCCGCAAGCAAUGCUCGAGAGAACUCGACAUUCGAUGCACUGGGCUCGUCAUUCGGUGUUCAGUCAUCGAGAUUAUGACGAUUACGACGAUGAUCUCUGCACAACAUCUCGUCAUCUUUUACGACCGCCUCCAACGGUCGUUUAA